AUGAAUCGACUUUUUGGUCAGUCAAAAUCCAAUGCUGUACCUAAACCAACAUUAAAUGACACAGCAGCAACACUUGAUUUACGUGUUGAAACAAUCAAUAAACAAAUCGCUUCCAUAGACCAAGAAUUACAAGCCUAUAAUAAAUUACCCCCAGCUAGAAAAGCAAGUCAAAAAUCUCGAGCAUUGGGUCUUCUCAGUAAAAAGAAAAUGUAUGAAAGACAACGUAUGACAAUAGAAGGUCAAACUGCUAAUAUUGGUGCUACCGCUUUUGCUGUUAGUAAUAUUUCAACACAAAAAGAAAUGUAUAAUGGAUUAAAAAAUGCAAAACAAGAACUUGCCAAAGGUUAUAAAGAUUUGAAAAUUGAGAAAGUUGAAGCUCUUAUGGAUGAUAUUGAUGAUCAACUUCUUGACCAAGAUGAAAUGAAUGAAAUGUUUAGUAGACCUAUUGGUCAAGAUACAUAUACGACUGAUGCUGAUCUUGAGAAUGAAUUAGCUGGUCUUGCUUCAGAAGAAUAUGAUAUUCAACCAAAUGCAAUAUAUGAUCGUUUCUCUGCACCUAGUGUUCCUGUUCAACCUAUUGAUACUGGAAAUCAAACAGGUCUAACAACAAAAAAUGAUAUUAUGGUUGAUGAAUUUGGUUUACCAAAACCUCCAGCAAGUGGAAUGAAAAAUUAA